UCUACGUUAUUUUACGAAUUUAAUUGAAUUAAGAUUAGAUAAUAAUAACAUAAAGGGUAUCAGAGAAUAUUGUUAUAAUAUAUAUAUGUGUAUAAGUGAAAUGCCAAGAUUAAAAUAUUUUUCUGUAUCCAAUAACCAAAUAAACAGUUUAGAUCAGUUAAUUUUUAAGAAAACAACUGAAUUAGUUACUUUGAAUCUUUCGAAUAACCAAUUAAGAGAUAUUUCACCAGAAGUCUUCUAUGGCUUAAGUUCAUUAAAAAACUUAUAUUUAAAUAAUAACGCAUUAUCUUCAAUUAAUAGUUUAAGUCGCUUGUCAAACUUAUCCGUUUUAUCUGUAUCUUAUAAUAAUAUCCGGGAAAUAGACUCUGAAGAUAUAAGCAACGCUUGGAUUUUAAAAAAAUUGUAUUUAGAUCAUAAUAAAAUUGAAAGUAUUCAUGAAAGUACAUUUUCUGAAUUGAAAUCAUUAGAGGAACUAUAUUUAGAAAGUAAUAAUUUAGCUAAAUUACCGGUCGGAUGGGCUAACAAUUUAAGAAAUCUACGUUAUCUCAAUUUGUCGAAUAACAAAUUUAUAUUUUUGGAAUCUUUAUCGCUAAUCCAAUCUCUGCCUGUAAUAAGGAUAGACUUAAUGAACAAUAACUUCAUUCAUAUGAAAGCUGAAGCAUUGCGAAAUUUACCUGAAAAUGCGACCAUAUACUUGAUUUCACAGUCGGAAGACAAUGAAUUAUCUAAAGAGGAUUUAUAAAUAACUAAAAUAUAAAAUAAUGUAUAUUUCUUCGAGUUCAUGUAUGUAUAAGUUUAUGUCUUUUGGGUAUAAGAUAUAAUUUGAUAAUUAUAAUAAAAAUAAAUGUAGUUUUAUUGUAUUACGACAUGAGAUAAAUAAAACAACAAUACGUUCA